UCCUACCGGCCACCGUACUACAAACCCACGUGGUAAACCAAAACAUCAUGGCGGCUGGUUUUAAGACUGCUGAGCCUCUGGAGUAUCACAGAAGCUUUCUGAAAGAAAACUGCCGAUCCGAUGGACGGGAGCUGUUUGAGUUCAGAACCACAACACUGAACAUUGGGUCCAUAUCCACAGCAGAUGGUUCAGCCCUGGUGAAGAUGGGAAACACCACAAUCAUCUGUGGCAUCAAAGCGGAGCUGGCAAACCCAACAGUAGAGGCACCUGGUAAAGGUUACAUUGUGCCCAACGUGGAUCUGCCUCCUUUGUGUUCCUCCCGGUUUCGGCCGGGUCCACCAGGAGAACAGGCCCAGGCUGCUAGCCAGUUUGUUGCUGAUGUCAUAGAGAGCUCUGAAGUGAUCAAAACAGAGGAUUUGUGCAUUGAAAGAGGAAAGCUCUGUUGGGUGCUCUACUGUGAUAUUAUGUGUCUCGACUAUGAUGGCAACAUUCUCGAUGCUUGCAUCAUUGCCCUGCUAGCUGCCUUGAAGAACACACAACUCCCUGAAGUAACAGUCAACAAAGAGACAUGCACGCCAGAGGUGAAGUUAGAAAAGAGACACGGACUACAUGUUCACAAACAUCCUGUCUGUGCUUCUUUUUGUGUCUUCGAUGAUUCCAUACUGAUCUUAGACCCCACAGCAGAGGAGGAGACUCUGUCGACUGCACAGCUCACUGUAGUGACCGACGAGGACGAUCGACUCUGCUCUGUACACAAACCAGGUGGGACAUCGCUUUCGGGAGACAAGCUGCAGGAGUGCAUCAACCGAGCAGCGACGCGACAGAAAGAGAUCCAGAAACUCAUUGACAAAGUUUUACACAGCAUGACAACAGUGUAGUAAAGACACACAGACUAUUCUUUUUAUCUAAAAGCUGUAUUUGCCACUGUCAAUAUAUAUUCUUUUUUUUUUAUAACAAUAAAACUGCUGACAAAGA